AUGGAGGACAGUGACGAUGAAGAUAACGUCCAGGUGAUCGUUUUUGGAAAUUCAACGGAAGCUAAUUUUGACGACUUCUACAAAGAACAGGACCCAACAAAGGAAGAACACGGAGGGGAUGGCAGGGGGGAUCCCGAGGGAGGCGAAUUCGCCAGGGGUGAAGCCGAAGAAAUACCGCGUGACGUAGACCUCGACACUCAAGUAGAGAGAGCCACUCGGGAAAACAAAGUCUUCCUCAAGUACGACUACACACGGGAGAAGCCAUGGGCACACCAUGCAGACAAGAGCAUGUGGUUUAAUUAUAACUUCGAUGAACACUCCUUCAAGGAAUGGGUCCAGAAACACAUCGACAAGCGGAUAGAGAAGCAACACAACUAUCAAGUUGAAAAUGCCGACAAUAUAUUUGAGGACAAGCUCAGGGCAGUUUCUAGGACCCCUCGAAAUUUUGAAGAUACAUAUCGAAGGGGGUAUGGUGAUCAUCACGAACAGAACUACGAUGACGACCCCAUGCGGCGUAAUCCAAAGGGAGUGAGGAAUAACACAGCGAUGAAAUCCAGUAACACUAGGAAAGGGGCUUUAAGUAAUAACUACAAUCCACAGAGAAGUAAUAACACUCCAUUUCAACCCCAAGAGGAGAACACAGUCCAUUUUCAACCUCUUAGUGAAGAAGACAACUACAUGGAUGGUCGAAGCAGGAAGAUGCCCCUUGAAAAAGCAUCGAAUAGAACAGUGGAGGGAGGGCACCCUGUUCAAGGGGAGGACCUCACGCAGUUUCAGGAUUUAGUUAAUUUCUUUAAGCUGAACCCUGGGGUAUAA